AUGGUGUGUGCUUUGAAAUUAAUCACAUUCGUUCUUCUUUUGCAUUUCGUUGCAACCUUCCCAUACACAAAUGUGAGAGACAUUCCCGAGAAGCGAAACGACCCAGAAUGGAACUCAUUGGGAUGGGCGUGGGGCAAACGAAAUGUCCCAAGCGAGAUUCCUCGACGCUUUCUUCGAACCGUUCACGCCGUCAAGAAGAAUCCAGAAUGGCACGAUUUGGGAUGGACAUGGGGCAAAUAA